CGCCAGGUUCAACCCUGGCAGCAACGGAGAGCUCGUGCACUGCGCUGAGGUGGUGGCCAAGGGGGACUACGAGUGGCGGAUCGAAGGCAUGUCGUGGCUGGUGAACGCUCUGAGCCAGAACGAGUGCUGCAACUUGGAGAGCUGCGCCUUCAUCGUGGGCGGCGAGGAGUUCACCUUGGUCUACAACCCCAAAGCCACGGACGUGGGGGACAUCGGCAGACAAAGAGGCUCCCUCUGCAUUGUCCACCAAGACGAGGGAGGCAUCUGCUUCCGCUACCGAGCGCUGAUCAAGAACUCCUCGGGCCAAUUCGUCCAGUGGGGCCCGGAGGGCAACGAGUGCCACCCCGCGGAGUCCACCUGCGGCCGCGCCUUCGGCCCCGACGUCUACAACGAGGGAGAGGUGCCUCCGAAUGGCGAGGUGGGCAUCUUUGGGCUGAGCCACGAGGAGCUUCUGAGCUCCGAGUGGGUGGUGGAGGGUGCGCUCACCGCCAAGUUCGAGCUGGAGGUGCGGCCCAACGUGGAGCUGGACCCCAUGCCGCUCAAGAAGGCCUCCAUCGAGGUGCCGGCCUCCACGUUGGCCAAAGACCUGCUGAGCUUGCUCGAGGGCAAGGGGGACGUGACGUUUAUGGUGCAGAGCGAGCGCAUCGAGGCGCAUUCCCAGAUCCUGGCGGCGCGCUCGGAGGUCUUCGGGCGGCAGCUGAGCAUCGGCAUGCGCGAGUCCAUCUCCAAGGAGAUCGUAGUGGAGGACUGUGAGCCCAGCACCUUCCGCGCGCUGCUCCGGUUUUUGUACUCCGACGACCUCACUUUGAUGGAAGAGCUCGCGAAGCAGGCGAAGGAGGGCCCUGCGGCAGGCGGCAAGACGUACACCACCUUCCUUCAGAAGCUCCUAGCCCUGAGCCACCUCUACCAGGUGAACCGCCUGCGGAUCUGGUGCGAGCAGAAGCUCUGCGACUCCGUGACGGCCAACGAUGCCUUCUCCGUGCUGUCCCAGGCCCAUUUGUACGAGGCCAAGCAGCUGGAGCACGCCUGUCUCAGCUUCAUCAAGGACAACCUCGGCGCGGUGGCCUCCAGCGCCGACUACGGCCGCGGCUGCAAGGCGCUGCCGGAAGUGGCGCUGAAGGUCACCGCCUUCACCGCGGGCCUGGACGAGCGCUCCGCGCUGAACGCCUUCGAGGCCUGCAGGGAGAAGCGUGAGAUCAAGGAGUCGGAGAAAGAGGAGAAGGAAAAGGAGGAAGAGAAGAAGCCGGCCAAGCGCAAGCGCAGCACUUGAGAUCGCAGAGACGAUGCAGCGAGCCAGCGAGCUCUGCGGUCUUGAAUCGAGCAGUUGAUCGCGGAGAUCUGUGCCUUCCAAUUGUUUGUAUAGUUUUUUGGGGGG